CCGCUCGGGAGGAGGCGCUGACCCGGGGCCUUGAGCGCCGCGGGCUGGGCCUUAUGAAGGGGAGGCCGAAGACGGCGCUGGCCUUCCCUCGGCUCCGGUUCCCGGCGGCUGCGCUCCUGCCCUGUAGCUCACGGGGCGCCCUACCGAGGAGUCGGUGUCAUCGCCCCAUUUUAUAGAUGUGGCAGCAGCAUUCUGGACUCUGUAAAGACAUCAGAAAACAACCCAUAGAUAUUUCUCCCAGUUAGUUGUUAGUUCAGAGUGAAGCAAUGACAGUAAAACUGCUGGGAUUCGUGGCUAGAUGUUCCCAUGUUUUAAUGAAAAUAUGUGAGUGCCAAGGCCUUCAUAAACCUAGGCAUCCAGUGUUAAAACUAAGCAAUGAUGUUGUCAGGGCAUCAUUCAGAACUCUAGCACCAAACAAAGUCUUGAACUUGUGCACUCCUGAAACUGCUACCUGUUGCUUGACAAAUCUGCGUGAACAACUCAAGAAUUGGCAAAUGUCAGAAGCAAAGAUUGUGAAUUACCAGAUCGGAGAAGUUUAUCCUCCAUUCAGGGACCAUUUUGAUGCUCUAAGGACUGUGAACUACAAGCAUGGACUAAGUAGUGUUAGAAAGUUUAUGAAAAUGCCAACAAGAUCUUAUUCAGUUGUAUCAACUGGUAAAAUACUGCCAAAACAAAGUAUUCUGCCAAUUAAGAGACCACCGAAGGCACCUAGGACCAAACAGCCAUCCAGAGCUAACCAGCCACUAGUGUCAGAAACUGAGGAUCUGAUGCAGUGUACAGCCUUCGCAACAGCAGAUGAAUAUCAUCUUGGUAAUCUGUGUCAUGACCUGACUUCAUAUGGAUAUGUUGAAAUAACAAGUUUGCCUAGAGAUGCAGCAAAUGUUUUAGUGAUUGGCACGGAAAACGCUGCAAAAGAAUAUGAUCCUGGUAUGAUCUUUUUCUUCAGGGAAGGGUCUGUUGUGUUUUGGAAUGUGGAAGAGAAAACGAUGAAGAAAAUAAUGCAAGUGCUGGAGCGGCAUGAAAUUCAGCCUUAUGAAGUUGCACUGGUUCAUUGGGAGAAUGAAGAAAUUAACUACAGGAGAGGAGAAGGCCAGUCAAAGCUCCACAGAGGAGAAAUCUUGUUAAAUUCUGACCUGGAUAUUGAUGAAGUAAUUCUGCAGAAAUUUGCCUUUUCAAAUGCUCUUUGCCUUUCUGUAAAACUGGCCAUUUGGGAAUCAUCCUUGGAUAAUUUUGUGGAAUCUAUCCAGUCAAUUCCUGAGAUAUUAAAAUCAAGAAAAAAAGUGAAACUCUCUCAUGCUGAUGUAAUGCAGAAAAUUGGGGAACUCUUUGCCUUACGGCACUGUAUAAAUCUGAGUUCAGACCUGCUGAUAACUCCUGACUUCUACUGGGACAGAGAAAACCUUGAAGAGCUUUAUGACAAAACCUGUCAGUUUCUCAGCAUUAAUCGCAGAGUUAAGGUAAUGAAUGAGAAACUUCAGCACUGCAUGGAGCUAACAGACCUGAUGCGAAAUCACCUGAAUGAAAAACGUGCCCUGCGCUUGGAAUGGAUGAUAGUCAUACUCAUCACUAUAGAGGUCAUGUUUGAACUUGCCCGAGUAGUUUUCUGACCAUGGCAGAAGCUAAGAACAUCUGAGAAAAGUAUGACAGGACCAUAUUCAGAACAGAAAAAAGUUCCUUGCUCCCACCUCUUUAUUUUCUGUACACUUCUGGAAAAUGCUGUAAUUAUCUUACUAAAUAAAUGUAUUUAUGUAUAAAUAAAUGUACGUGUUCAAAUAAACUGUAAACUUUGUGAAUAAAUCGUAAGUUAGGUUCAGCA